AUGUUGUCUUCCACUGAUCCUGUUAUUUAUGACUUAUGCCUUAAAGAGCAAAAGCGACAGAAGGAAGGUCUAGAGCUUAUCGCAUCUGAAAACUUUGUGAGCGGGGCCGUUAUGGCUGCGUUAUCCUCGUCCUUCCACAACAAGUAUUCCGAAGGCCAGGUAGGCGCUAGAUAUUAUGGCGGAACGGAGUAUGUGGACGCAAUGGAGAGCCUGUGUAUAGAACGCGCGCUGAAGCUUUUCAAUCUAUCGCCAGAAGAUUGGGGCGUUAAUGUCCAACCCUACAGUGGGUCCCCAGCCAACUUUGCCGUUUAUACGGGUCUUGUUGGCCCCCAUGGACGAAUAAUGGGGCUUUCGCUUCCUGAUGGAGGCCAUCUAACUCACGGAUUCUUCACAGCCAGUGGGAAAAAGGCAAGUAAAUGUUUCUAG